AGUUAGACUUGCACAAAAAACCGCUCGCCUUCAAAUUUCUUUGAAAAGGUUUGUUUUCGUGAAUUUUCUCAAUGGAAGGGAAUAAAAAGGAUAAAAUAACUCGAUCAUUUGGGGAAGAAGACGAGAGAAUGCUAGCCGCUUUUGGAUUCACUAGCGAAGCUUUUGUAGAUACCUGCUAUCGAGAGAUAAAGCUAUGUUUAGAUCGAUUUAUAAAAUCAUUUUUGGAAAGAGCAAAGCAAGAGGCACGUUUCCCUGACGUAUUUAAAGACCAAGACAUAAUGGAAAAAGCAGAAGAAAAAUUUAAUGCCAUCUAUACUGGAAAUAUGAACAAAUGCUUUUUAAUCUUUCACGAGUAUUUGAUCAAAAAUUUCAUGAGUAUCCCCGAAAAUGCUAUUCUUCCACAUCAAGCGAAAGUUGCCGAAUUCCGAACAUGGACCAUAGAUGAUAAAUCUAAGCUAUUAGAAGAAAUAUCCUCCCUCGAAAAUGAAAUUUAUUUGGUUAAAUUUAAUGUUGAAGGUGAAAAAUCUCAUCAACAACACGUUGAAAAGGUUCUUGCGGCUUAUCAAGACUACUAUUCGGAAGUGAAAAAUAACGCGCUGGUUUCUAAAGGUUUUGAUGACACAAUGAAAACACUUGAAGAAAGAAUAAUGAACUUGAAAUAA